AUGCAUCUCACCAGCCAGGUCCUAACCGUGCUCGCCGCAUCCCUCCUAGCCGCGACUGCCGCCGCUGCACCCAAGUGCCAUGUUGGCACCGCCUGGCCUGACCCCCACGACUGCCACAAGUUCUUCGAAUGUGCUGCCGGCGGUAUCCCAGUGCGAAAGACCUGCGGGCCCGGCACAGCCUACAGCCCCAAGUUGAAAGUCUGCGACUACGAGCAGAGAGUUCCCUCGUGCCGCCGCCAUGGUAACCCUGACUGGCAGCAUGAUUGGUCUGAGGAUGACAAGGACAAGGGCAAGGGUAAAGACCAGUGGGCCAAGAAUGGAAAUGGCAAUGGGAAGGAGAAGCGUCAGGACUUGCACAGCGGAUGGGACGAUAGCGAUGACCACAAGCACGGACAGCCAUACCCGCACCCGUCCCCGUGGUGGAACGAGAAUCUCGAAGGUGAUCGCCCGCAGCCCGUGCGGCCUGUAGAUGGCGAUAACAGUGAGGAGGGCAUCGAGGAGACCAACGAGGAGACCAACGAGGAGACCAACGAGGAGACCAACGAGGAGACCAACGAGGAGACCAACGAGGAGACCAACGAGGAGACCAACGAGGAGACCAACGAGGAGACCAAUGAGGAGACCAAUGAGGAGACCAACGAGGAAAGCAACGAAAACCAGGAGAACAACGAGAACAACCAGGAGAAAAACGAGGACAACAUCGAGGAGAACAACGAAGACUCACAGUAA